CAGGAAGUAGUGAUGUGGCCGCUGGUUGUGCGUGCGGAUUGGACGGUUCAUUCAUCAUCAGGAAGGAAGAAUCACACACAGUGACAGCAGUCAUGGCUGAUCGGGGGAGUACUCUGUGUCUGUUCGAUGUGGACGGGACUCUGACAGCUGCCAGGCAGAAAGUCACUAAUGACAUGGCAGAAUUUCUUCAGAGCAUGAGAAAAAGAGUAAAGGUCGGAGUUGUUGGAGGUUCAGAUUUUGAGAAAAUCCGAGAACAGCUGGGAGAGGACGGUGAUGAUGUGGUUGAAACGUUUGAUUAUGUGUUUCCUGAAAAUGGUCUUGUCGCAUACAAGGAUGGACAGUUUCUAUGCAAACAGAGCAUUCAUGCACACUUGGGAGAAGAUUUGUUGCAAGAUCUCAUCAAUUACUGCCUAGGAUACAUCGCCAAACUUAAACUACCAAAGAAAAGGGGCACUUUUAUUGAGUUUAGAAAUGGAAUGCUGAAUGUCUCUCCCAUUGGAAGAAACUGCACCCAGGAGGAGCGUAUAGAGUUCUUCGAACUGGAUAAAAAGGAACAAUUUAGAGACAAAUUUGUUGCGGAAUUACGGAAAGAAUUUCAAGGGAAGGGUCUAACGUUUUCAAUAGGUGGACAGAUCAGCUUUGAUGUGUUUCCUAAUGGCUGGGACAAAACCUACUGUCUAGGAAUUCUUGAAAAGGAAGGAUUUUCCAAAAUUUACUUCUUUGGUGACAAAACCAUGCCGGGUGGAAACGAUUAUGAAAUCUAUAUAGACCCCAGAACAAUAGGUCAUUCUGUGGCAUCUCCUGAAGACACCAGAAGAAUCUGUGAAGAAUUAUUCUUUCAGUAGACUUGUGUAAAGGAAAUUUGUUCAAGAAUACUAGCUACCUGACAUGACAACCUUUUUAUUAGGGGUUUGAAGAGAUACUACAAGAUAAAAUGAAGGGUGAUGGGUUCAUAGUAUUUAAAUUUCAUUGCACUUUGAAUCGGCAUUAGGGCGGAGAUUAACCUAAUAACUGUUAUCUGUAUUCU